AUGUCUGAUUCUGCUGAUAUAACCUAUACUGUUCAAGAUAAAAUUGUUGUUAUUUCACUUCAAAUACCAACUAAAUUAAAUGCGUUAACCCAUGAUCAAUAUAUUCAAUUAGGUAAAUAUUUAGAACAAUCAAAUGAAGAAGAAGACACAAUUGCCACAGUUAUACAAUCUUCAGGUAGAUAUUUUAGUGCUGGUGCUAAUUUUGGAGAAAUUGGUAAAGGUCAAGAUAGUUCCAAAUUAUUUACUCAUGAAUAUUGGUUAGAUAGAUUUGUUGCUAGAAACGUCUGGUUAACUAAUGUUUUCAAUGAUCAUAAAAAAAUAUUAAUUGCUGCUAUUAAUGGUCCAGUUAUUGGAUUAUCAUCAGCUUUAGUAUUAUUGUGUGAUUUAAUUUAUGUUAAUGAUUUAUCAAAAUUUUAUUUACUAGCCCCAUUUGCAAAUUUGGGUUUAGUUGCUGAAGGUUCAUCAUCUGCAACUUUGUUUGCUAGAUUAGGUUGGUCAAAAUCUUCAGAAGCUUUGUUAUUAGCUAAACCUAUAAAUGGUCAAGAUUGUUUUAAUGCAGGUUUCAUUACUAAACAUUAUAAUGGUAGAUUUGGCACUAAUGUUGAUGAAUUUAACAAAACUGUCGUUAGUGAAAUUCAAGAAGCUGUUAAAGAUUUACAUGAUGAUUCAAUCUUACAAAAUAAACAAUUGUUAAAAUUAAACAGAGAUCAAUUAAUUAAUGCAGCAAAUUCUCAAGAAGCUCAAAGAGGUUUAUAUAAAUGGUUACAAGGUGUUCCACAAGCCAAAUUUGCUCAAUUGGCUACAAAAGAAAAGAAGCAUAAAUUGUAA